UGUUGAGGGCGGCUCGCUGCAAGCCGCGGUGUGUCCAUUGCCGGUGUUCUGACGGCGCCUGCGGCAAAGCGCGCCCUCUCCGCCGGAGCUGUCCUCAGGUAUUGGAAUAAAGAUAAUUAGGUUUCUGUGAAAAUGUCAGUCCUGAUAUCACAGAGUGUCAUAAAUUAUGUAGAAGAAGAGAACAUUCAUGCUCUGAAAGCUCUUCUGGAAAAAUGCAAAGAUGUAGAUGAGAGAAAUGAGUGUGGCCAGACUCCAUUGAUGAUAGCUGCCGAACAGGGCAAUCUGGAAAUAGUGAAAGAAUUAAUUAAGAAUGGAGCCAAUUGCAACCUGGAAGAUUUGGAUAACUGGACGGCACUUAUAUCGGCCUCGAAGGAAGGGCAUGUGCACGUCGUGGAGGAGCUGCUGAAGUGCGGGGCGGACUUGGAGCACCGCGACAUGGGAGGCUGGACGGCGCUCAUGUGGGCCUGUUACAAGGGCCGCACCGAGACGGUGGAGCUGCUGCUGUCUCACGGCGCCAACCCAAGCGUCACUGGUCUGCAGUACAGUGUUUACCCAAUCAUUUGGGCAGCGGGGAGGGGCCAUGCAGAUAUAGUGCAUCUUCUGCUGCAAAAUGGUGCUAAAGUCAACUGCUCUGAUAAGUAUGGGACCACCCCUCUGGUCUGGGCUGCACGCAAGGGCCAUCUGGAGUGCGUGAAACAUUUGUUGGCCACGGGAGCUGAUGUCGACCAAGAAGGAGCUAAUUCAAUGACCGCACUUAUCGUGGCAGUAAAAGGAGGCUACACACAGUCAGUGAAAGAAAUUUUGAAGAGGAAUCCAAAUGUCAAUUUAACGGAUAAGGAUGGAAACACAGCGUUGAUGAUUGCGUCGAAAGAGGGCCACACCGAGAUCGUGCAGGACCUGUUGGACGCGGGGACCUACGUGAACAUGCCUGACAGGAGUGGGGAUACUGUGUUGAUUGGCGCUGUCAGAGGUGGUCACGUGGAGAUUGUUCGAGCGCUUCUCCAGAAAUACGCCGAUAUAGACAUUAGAGGGCAGGACAAUAAAACUGCUCUGUACUGGGCUGUCGAGAAGGGGAACGCCACCAUGGUGAGAGACAUCCUGCAGUGCAACCCCGACACCGAGAUGUGCACGAAGGAUGGUGAAACGCCGCUGAUCAAGGCCACCAAGAUGAGAAACAUUGAAGUGGUGGAGCUGCUGCUAGAUAAAGGAGCCAAAGUGUCUGCCGUGGAUAAGAAAGGAGACACUCCUUUGCACAUCGCCAUUCGCGGAAGGAGUCGGAGACUCGCAGAACUUCUUUUAAGAAACCCCAAAGACGGGAGGUUGCUGUACAGGCCCAACAAAGCAGGCGAGACACCCUACAACAUUGACUGCAGCCAUCAGAAAAGUAUCUUAACGCAGAUAUUUGGAGCCAGACACUUGUCCCCUACGGAAACGGACGGUGACAUGCUGGGUUAUGAUCUGUACAGCAGCGCCCUGGCGGACAUUCUCAGCGAGCCCACCAUGCAGCCACCCAUUUGUGUGGGGCUGUAUGCGCAGUGGGGGAGUGGGAAAUCUUUCCUGCUCAAGAAGCUGGAAGAUGAAAUGAAGACUUUUGCAGGGCAGCAGGUCGAACCCCUUUUUCAGUUCUCGUGGCUCAUCGUGUUCCUGACCCUGCUGCUUUGCGGAGGGCUGGGCUUGCUGUUUGCUUUCGCGGUCGACCCAAACCUCGGGAUAGCAGUGUCACUGAGCUUCCUGGCUCUCUUAUAUAUAUUUUUUAUCGUCAUUUACUUUGGUGGACGAAGGGAAGGAGAGAGCUGGAAUUGGGCCUGGGUCCUCAGUACCAGGCUGGCCAGGCACAUCGGGUAUUUGGAACUCCUCCUCAAACUGAUGUUCGUGAAUCCGCCGGAACUGCCCGAGCAAACCACUAAAGCUUUACCAGUGAGGUUCUUGUUUACAGAUUACAAUCGGCUGUCCAGUGUAGGGGGAGAAACAUCCAUGGCUGAAAUGAUCGCCACCCUCUCGGAUGCCUGUGAGAGGGAGUUUGGCUUUUUGGCAACCAGGCUUUUCCGUGUAUUCAAGACCGAAGACACACAGGGUAAAAAGAAAUGGAAAAAAACGUGCUGUCUUCCAUCUUUUGUCAUUUUCCUUUUUAUCUUUGGCUGCAUUAUUGCUGGAAUUACUCUCCUGGCUAUAUUCAGAGUUGACCCCAAACAUCUGACGGUGAAUGCGGUCCUUAUAUCAAUUGCAUCUGUUGUGGGGUUGGCCUUUGUGCUGAAUUGCCGGACCUGGUGGCAGGUGCUGGACUCGCUCCUGAAUUCGCAAAGGAAACGCCUCCAUAGCGCCGCCUCCAAGCUGCACAAGUUGAAAAGUGAAGGAUUCAUGAAAGUUCUUAAGUGCGAAGUGGAACUGAUGGCCCGGAUGGCGAAAACCAUUGACGGCUUCACGCAGAAUCAGACGAGGCUGGUGGUUAUCAUCGAUGGGCUGGAUGCCUGCGAGCAGGACAAAGUGCUCCAGAUGCUGGACACCGUCCGAGUUCUGUUUUCAAAAGGCCCAUUCAUUGCCAUUUUUGCAAGUGAUCCACAUAUUAUUAUAAAGGCAAUUAACCAGAACCUCAACAGUGUGCUUCGUGACUCAAAUAUAAACGGACAUGACUACAUGCGCAAUAUAGUUCACUUGCCUGUUUUCCUUAAUAGUCGUGGACUAAGCAGUGCGAGAAAAUUUCUUGUAACUUCAACAACAAACGGGGACAUUCCAUGCUCAGAUGCUACAGGGAUGCAGGAAGAUGCUGACCGAAGAGUUUCACAGAACAGCCUUGGAGAGAUGACAAAACUCGGUAGCAAGACAGCCCUCAACAGACGGGACACGUACCGGAGAAGGCAGAUGCAGCGGACCGUCACCCGGCAGAUGUCCUUCGAUCUUACAAAACUGCUGGUGACGGAGGACUGGUUCAGCGACAUAAGUCCUCAGACCAUGAGAAGAUUGCUUAAUAUUGUUUCCGUGACAGGUGACUUAGUAUCAAAGAAUAUUCCAACAACUAAAGAUGUCGAGCCGCUGCUGGAAAUAGAUGGAGAUAUAAGAAAUUUUGAGGUGUUUUUGUCCUCAAGGACCCCAGUUCUUGUGGCUCGAGAUGUGAAAACCUUUUUGCCAUGCACUGUAAACCUAGACCCCAAACUACGGGAAAUUAUCGCAGACGUUCGUGCUGCAAGAGACCAGAUUAAUAUCGGGGGGCUUGCGUACCCCCCGCUGCCGUUGCACGAAGCUCCUCCCAGGCCACCCUCAGGCUACAGCCAGGCUCCGUCUGUCUGUUCGUCGUCCACCUCCUUCACCGGGCCAUUCGGAGGCGGGGUUGUGUCGCCGCAGCCUCACAGCAGCUACUACAGCGGCCUGACGGGGCCACAGCAUCCGUUCUACAACAGGCCAUUCUUUGCCCCCUACCUUUACACGCCAAGGUAUUACCCUGGCGGGUCCCAACAUCUCAGCUCACGUCCAUCAGUAAAACCGAAUGUGCCCAGAGAUCAGAGCAAUGGCCUAGGACCGGGUCCCGCUGCGGGGGCAGUGUCACUGAACUCGAUGAAUGUGGAUGCAGUGUGCGAGAGGCUGACGCAGAUCGAAGGGCUGGACCAGAGCAUGCUGCCGCAGUACUGUGCAACCGUCCGGAAGGCAAACAUAAACGGCCGUGUGCUAGCUCAGUGUAACAUUGAUGAACUGAAGAAAGAAAUGAAUAUGAAUUUUGGAGACUGGCAUCUUUUUAGAAGCACAGUGCUGGAGAUGAGAAACGCAGAGAGCCAGGCGGGGCCGGAGGACCCCCGCGUGCUCGGCGAGAGCGGCAGCGGCGGCCCGGCCCCUCACGGGGAGGCGGCCCGGCGGUCCGCGCACAGUGAGCUGCCUCACGGCGAGCUCGCCAUCCAGGCCCCCUACACGCUCAACUUCAGCUUCGAAGAGCUCAACACGCUCGGCCUCGAUGAAGGCGCCCCGCGGCACAGCAAUCUCAGUUGGCAGUCACAAACUCGCAGAACCCCAAGUCUUUCGAGUCUCAAUUCCCAGGAUUCCAGCAUUGAAAUUUCAAAGCUUACGGAUAAGGUGCAGGCUGAGUAUAGAGAUGCCUAUAGAGAAUAUAUUGCUCAGAUGUCGCAGUUAGAAGGGGGGACAGGCUCCGCAACAAUGAGUGGCAGGUCCUCCCCACACAGCACAUAUUACAUGGGUCAGAGUUCGUCGGGGGGCUCCAUCCAUUCCAAUCUGGAGCCAGAGAAAGGGAAGGAUGGUGACCCAAAGCAGGAUGAUGGAAGGAAGGCAUUUUUGAUGAAGAGGGGAGACGUUCUAGACUACUCAUCGUCAGGGGUUUCCACUAACGAAGCGUCGCCCCUGGACCCCAUCACUGAGGAGGACGAGAAGCCCGAGCAGGCGGGCGGCAAGCUCCUCCCGGGCCGCAAGUGCUCGGAAAGGCCGAGCCUGUUCCAGACCGACCUGAAGCUCAAGGGAGGCGGGCUGCGCUACCAGAAGCUUCCAAGCGACGAAGACGAGUCUGGGCCGGAAGAGUCGGAUAACACCCCGCUGCUCAAAGACGACAAGGACAGGAAGGCGGAAGGGAAGGAGAGGGCGUCCAAGUCUCCGGAGCACAGCGCCGAGCCCGUCAGAACCUUCAUUAAGGCCAAGGAGUACUUGUCGGACGCCCUCCUGGACAAGAAAGACUCGUCCGAUUCCGGGGUGAGGUCCAGCGAGAGCUCCCCCAACCACUCCCUUCACAAUGAGGCCACGGACGACGCCCAGCUCGAAAGGGCGAACCUCAUAGAGCUCGAGGACGACGGCCACAGCGCGAAACGGGGGCUGCCACACAGCCUGAGUGGCCUGCAAGACCCAGUGAUGGCUCGGAUGUCCAUUUGUUCCGAAGACAAGAAGAGCCCUUCCGAAUGCAGCUUGAUAGCCAGCAGCCCCGAGGAAAACUGGCCCGCGUGCCAGAAAGCCUACAACCUGAACCGGACACCCAGCACCGUGACCCUGAAUAACAACAGCGCCCCAGCGAACAGAGCCAAUCAGAACUUCGACGAGAUGGAGGGGGUCAGGGAGACUCCCCAGGUCGUGCUGAGGCCUGCUUCCAGUUCCAGCUCGACGGCUCUUCAGAAUGAAAAUCUGAAAAGCGUGACGCACAAGCGAGGCCAGCGGGCCAGUUACACGAGGCUCUCGAAGGAGUCUUCAGAGCUCCACGCAGUGGCCUCUCCCGAGAGCGCCGGCUUCGGAGAAGAGAGAGAAAGCAUUCUUUAAGAAAGGCUCCCAGGAGUAGAUGGUGUUCCCGUACCCCUGUGACAGAGCUGACCUGAGUUUCGCGGUGACGCCGUCCGUGCUCGUCAUCUUUGUACGUCACCCACAGAUAGUAAUGGAUGCGAGGGCCUCUGGAAAAACACACGUGCUGUACCUCAGGAACGCACUAGAAAGGGCGGCUCAUCGACCAGCCUCCGUCGUCUUUGUAAUUAGAACCUUUCAUUGUGACAACUUGUUCUUAUACCUGUCAUUGGCACAUAACCCCAUAAAAAUGUUUGGGACAGGAUCUGAGUGUGAAGAUAGGUCAGAAAUAUUUUAUUAAACAUAAAGGGUUUAAUUUGCCAAAGAAAAGAAAAAGCUCAAGACCCCUUUUGUAGAACAUUCACUCAUCAGGUAUUUGAGGGAAGACGUGGUGUUAGGUGAACCAGAGGCAGAUUUUGCUCUUAAGGGUAAAAAAAAGAUGAGAAUCGACAGGUUAUGGAGUAGCCCAGAGACUAAAGGUAAAUUGAGAACCAAGGCUCUACUGUAUAAAAUAGACAAACUGCUUACCAAAGCGUUUAAAAAUUUUAAGUAGGAAAUACAUGGUAAAGAGGACUUUAAAACUGAUAAGAAAGUGAGCCGAAGGUACAGAGAGCAUCGCCCCAGUGACUGGGCCAUUCCGAGUGGCUGGGAGAGUGGCCUGCGUGGAGGGCCGAUAACCUCCCUGUGACCUGGACGCUCCUCUGUCCAGUCCCAGACCCGGCUUCAAGCGCCAUCCACCUUCCGAGAAGCCACCCGGCUCGCUCUGUGACUUUUAAAUUGUGUGCCCAACUUUUCUUAGCCUACCAGUGAAGGGGAAAAAACACGCAUUCUUUCUGUAGAGAAUCAGAGAAAACGUGCGCGAUAAUAGUCACUACUAAAUAUUCAUGGAAUGAGAGAAUGAGGAAAUUACAUCAGAAAGGUCAGCGACAAUUGACAAACGGUCAGGAGACAGUUAAUUAGUUAAAACUAAGACAUUGGCUUCUAUACCAGGCCAUUCAUCUACUUCAUCUAUGCCUGAAUCAGCACGUUCAUUCUGGGGGAGGAGCGUAAGAGAGGGGACACUUGAAGUUUAAAAACGUAACAGAGCAAGGGUAGAAGAAGAGAAAACUGAUGAGACGUUUUGUUCAUUGUUAGCAGAGUUAGGAGAGUGAACAGCGCUUAAGUGUUCUGUGGACUAGAAGUGGGCCCUGUCCUCACGCGCCGGACUUUUUCGCUGUUUUAACGUAGCUUAUUUAUGUAGAAUUAAUUCUGGCAGUGUAUCGUCAGUCACGUAUAAGGUUGUAGACGGUGAGAUUGCAGAUGUGUAAUUACUUAAACUUAGUGUUACAUGUGUAAUGGUUUUCACUUAACCCGUUUUUAUGAAUAUGCUGAAUAAGUUAUUUACUUGACCAGUCUUUGCAUUAAAUAGUUGCUCUUUUGGGUUUCAUUGCCUUGAUCUUUGAGUGUGAUCUAACAUUUUCAUAAAAUACUUAUUUUGCAUGAUCUUAACAAAUGUUUUAGCCAAUUAAAAUAUGGCAGGAUGUUAUUGACAUAUAUUGAAAUGCUAACAUUUUUGUAUUUAUAGUGUUAUUAGUUUGCAGUGUUGUAUAAUUAGUAAUUAUUUCAGAGGCAAUAUUUCGUUCCUUUUCAGGUGAGUAGAUGCAGCUGAAUACUGUAGUGUAAUACUGUUUGUGAUGUUAAUACUAGAGUACUAAGUGUACAAAUAGCUUUAGAAAAAAAUAAAACAUUGCAUGUUAUUCUGA